ACAUCCCCGGCGUGACUCGGCGGCUGCGCGCGUAGCGCCGCCUCCUUCUGUUUUCUCAAUUCACCCCCCUCUGCAAGGGCAGUGGUGCGGUCCGGCAUUGGCCAGCAGCCUCGGCCGGGCGCGUUGUCAAGGGCCUCCUUCCUCGCACCCACCCCCCAUUGUUGAGGCACAAGUGGAAGAGGCCGCCUCCGCUCGGAACCCAGCCGCCGCCUCUGCUGCCGCCGCCGCCGCGAGUGCCCCCCGCCCCUCUUCCCGCUAGUGUAUGAGGGAUUCAUAACCGCGAGCCGUCCCCGCCCGCCAUGUCCACGCCGGCCCGGAGGCGCCUCAUGCGGGACUUCAAGAGGCUUCAGGAGGAUCCCCCGGCCGGAGUGAGCGGAGCCCCCUCGGAGAACAACAUCAUGGUGUGGAAUGCCGUCAUCUUUGGGCCAGAGGGAACCCCGUUUGAGGAUGGAACAUUCAAGCUUACCAUAGAGUUCACGGAAGAAUAUCCAAACAAGCCUCCCACUGUCAGAUUUGUGUCUAAGAUGUUUCAUCCGAAUGUCUAUGCAGAUGGUAGUAUAUGUCUGGAUAUCCUUCAAAACCGUUGGAGCCCUACCUACGAUGUGUCAUCCAUCUUAACCUCCAUACAGUCUUUACUGGAUGAGCCUAACCCAAACAGCCCGGCAAACAGCCAAGCGGCUCAGCUAUACCAGGAGAAUAAGCGGGAAUACGAAAAGCGAGUUUCUGCCAUAGUAGAACAGAGCUGGCGUGACUGUUGACCUUGGCUGAUGCAAAUGAACACUCUGAUGAGGAAAAUAUAUGUAUGAAGUGUCUGAGUCCACCAUCACCACCACCACCACCUCCUCCUCCUCCUCCUCUUCCUCCUCCUCCUCGCAUCACUGCAUUUACUCGGAAAGCAAAACUUAGCUGCCUGUGCCGUUGCCAACUUCCCUCGCUGGAUCUUUCUUUUUUCUCUUUGGACAUCAGAAAAAAAAAAAACCCGCACCACCCACCCCUAUCCUUUCUCCCUCCGCCUUCUCCCUUGAGGUCAAAUGUACUGUACUUGGGUUACUUGUUAAAAGAAUGACUGGGGCUGGAUUUCCACUUCCUGUGGGGUUGGGGGGUGGGUGUCUACCAUCGCCAGUCUUAGGGGCAGUAUUGUGCUUUUUUUCUCCCUUCCCCUCCCCCCUUGUAGUGUACACUUAAGCUUUUAAUUGUAAUUGUGUUAUACACAGUGCCGCUUACGUGUAUCUUGAUUCAAAAGAGAGAGAACGCAAAAAAAAAAGGAUGUUUAUAUACAAUAUACAUUUUUAACUAUGACUUGAGUUGCUAAUCUGUCCGAAGCUGAUCAUUUAACCGCUGGUUUCAACGUCACGACAUCUGUGAGUAUUUUAUGGAAGAAAGGGGGGGGGGGGACACUUAUUUUUUUUCCCCCUUCACGGGGGUGCUGCUUUUCCAUUUUGCCCUCCCAAGCUUCCCUUUCAGCUGCGUGGGGGUUUGCAAAAAAUGAUUUCUAAGUCAAGCUAAGGGAGUGGGGGCGGGUGGGUAGGUGCAGAGGGCCAACCCCUGCUUUUAUGGGUCCGGGUGCAAGGUGAUUUGAUUGGCGUUACGCGUGGACGUAAACAUGGUGACAGGCUUUCCGUAGCACUUUCAAAAGGUGCUCAAAACGGCUUUUAAAGUCACGCUUUGAGUAGCGUUGUGGGGCGAGUACAGGAGUCGAGAGUUGAUGGUUAAACGGGUGUGUAAGGGCAAACUUCAAAUGCUUCCCCCUUCUAUGAUUUUUAAUUUCUACCUCUUAACUUAGGGAAAGGGGGAGGGAGAAGGAAAUGAGAUUGUUAUGGCUUUGCUCACUGUUUGGGAGAAAAGGAAGGGGGGAAAGAUUGCAAAUGCUACUGCAGCAUGUGUCUAUUCUCUGUUCCCUUCUUCCUUGCCUUCCCUCUACCUGAUUUACAGGGUUGUUUCACAGUUGGGGUUUUGUGUGCGCGCGCGUGUGUGUGUAUGUGUGUGAAGCAGAAUUUGUACUUUAAUCAGCAGUGUGGGAGGAGACCAGUCGGUGGGAUUUUGUCCGCUCUACCAGUGUCUUCUAUGUAUACAUGAACUCUGGAGUACAACUUUGCACAAGUAACCCAUGUAAGAAACUGUACAUUUUUCAAUUACUUGUAAAUAAAUGUGUAACCGAAAA